UCAGUUUAUUACUUAGAUUGUAUGAAUAGAACGAUUAAGUUUAAAACUUCGAGUAAUUUUCAAAAACAAACAAUUAUAACUUUUGAAUUAGUUUAGUGUUCCAUUUGUAAACAAUGUGUGCCUGAAUAUCUAUAAACACUGCUAGUAAUUUUUUGCGAACUCCACUACUUGUAUCCAAUGAUUGUACGGAACAGUUCACAACAUAAAUAGUACUAAAGCUUGAUAUGGGUUGUAUGUUUUAAAUGAUAACUUUUUAAUAAAAAAUCGCGUAAUUUGACAUACCUAAGGUACAAUGGGACGAAGAAAAAGUAAACGAAAGCCUCCAAGUAAAAAAAAAGCUAUUCAACCUUUAGAUACCCAAUUUAAUUGUCCAUUUUGCAAUCAUGAAAAAUCAUGCGAGGUUAAGAUGGAUAAACCAAGAAAUACAGCAAGAAUUACUUGUAGAGUAUGCUUAGAAGAUUUUCAAACUACAAUAAAUUUACUUUCUGAGCCACUAGAUGUAUAUAAUGAUUGGAUUGAUGCAUGUGAGAGUGCAAAUUGAACUUUUAUUACCACUGUAUGUGAUACAUACAAGGCUGUCAGACAUUACGUUUUCUUUUAUUGACAUGCCAGCAUUCCGCAAUAUGAACUAACAUCAAACGUAUGUGCAAUGUGAAAACAACAAUUCUAUGUCAUCUAUAUGUCUAUAUUUUUUUUAGUUUAGAGUAAUAGAAUUCUAUACAAAUUAAAUACGAAUUUGUAUUGAUUUUAGUCAUAAUAUUCAUAUAGGUAUAUUAAAUGUCUAUCAUACUUAGUCAUUAAGUAUAUUUAUGAAUGUAUGCUUAUAAAGCUUUUAAGAAAAGUUGUAAAAUUAUUAUAAUCAGCAUAAUAUUUAUACAAAAAAUGGAAACAUAAUAUUUUGUACUUGUACUUUUAUUAAAAUAAC